UCGCCAAGACGUGCUUUGGGCGAUUUAUCUCAGCGGGCUCCAUCUCCACCAGCCUUCAUAUUCGAUUGAUCGCAUUGGCAGACCAGAUCAGCCGACGACAGGGACAAUAUCAAUUCUCGGGCCUGGCUGCCUUGUAUGCGAGCUCAUUCGAAGAUAAAGUGUAUGAGAAGGGAGAUAUCUACGCCAGCUAAGGACAACUCUACAUGAGGUAGGCUUUGGAAGCGUUGCUGUGAGGGAAGAGAAUAGCAAGAGGAAGCAGUCGCAAUCAGCACACGUCAACAAAAGAGACGUCGAGGAAAAAGCAAGAAAUGAGAACCCACUGGGAAAAGACUUUGUCCAUGCUCUCCUGGCUGAGGCCGCUCUGGGCCAGGCUCUCGCGAACGACUUCGAACCACUCUUCGAUCUCCGAGGUCGCGUUCGAGUCGAUCUUGGCAGCAGCCUGCGUGGCCGCCGAGGAGCCUGAGCCAAUGUACGAGGCCCAAACGAUCCUUUCUUCCCCAAAGGCCUCGAGAGCAGUGUCGAGGAAGAUGCGCAGCCUUCGCAGCAGCUCAGCGCGGCGCUCCUCGGCGCUCAUCGAAGGUGUCACGCUGCCAGCUAUCGACUCAGCCGUUGACACGGCCGCCGAGGUGGCGUCGGCGACUGAGUGGAUCACGCUGGCGCCCGUGUUGGUGAGACCGGGUGCAUCGACGGCCCGGAAGGAAGCGGCAGCGCUGACAGAGGGCGGCAGCAGGCUAGGCAGCGGCAGGGGUGACAGCUUGAGAUAGACCCUGGGAUGCAGCGAGAGGCGCUAUUGAAAGGUGGA